AUGCGUGCUUUUGUGAUUGAACAGCUCAAAAAGGGCACAGUCCAGUCCGGGCGUGCCGUCCCCAAGUUGGAGUCAGGCGAGGUCCUCGUCAAGGUCUCUCACGUCGCCCUCAACCCGACAGACUGGAAACACCUUGAUCUGGUUGGAAACCUCGACUCGACCCUCGGAUGUGACUAUUCCGGUACGGUCGAGUCGGUCGGCGAGGGCGUCAGCAGGUUGAAGGUCGGAGACAAGGUCUGCGGAGUGGUUCAUGGUGGAAAGUUCCCGCAGAGGGGAUCGUUCGCCGAGUACCUUACGAUCAAGGAGGACUUUGCGAUGGUGGUCCCGAGCGGGAUGAGCGAGGCGGAUGCGGCGACCUAUGGUGUUGGAUUCUGUACGGCCGCUAUGGUUCGAAGAGCAGAAGCCAGGAUGGGCGAGUCCCUCCUCGCCAGACGCAGCGAGAUGCAGCUGACCCACCAGUUCCUCGUUUCCGGUGGCUCCACCUCUGUUGGCCUCUUCACUCUCUCCCUCCUUCGACAGCUCGGCAUCAACUCCAUCGCUACCGCCUCCCCCCACUCCUUCGACCUCGUCAAGUCCUACGGCGCAGACCACGUCGUCGACUACCACGACAAAGAGGCGGCCAUCAAGGAGAUCCAGAAGGUGACCGGGGGAGGUGUCGUCGGCGGUCUGGAGUGUAUUGGCGGAGACGACAACUUCAACCUCUCAGUCCGGGCGUUCGGCGAGGAGGGAGGACAGCUCACGACGUUGACGCUUAUUCCGGAUGAUGCGAUCAAGUUGAGGAGGGAGGUCAAGAUUGACCGGAUCUUGCUGUACACCGUCUUUGGCUAUUCAUUCGAGUUCUUGCCCGGCAAGCCCCAUCUCCCCGCCAUCCCCGAGGACAAGGCCUGGUUCAUCGAGUUCGUCAAGCGGGCGCAAGGCGACUCGGGCCUCGUCUCGACUACGAAGGCGAACCCAGUCGAUCUCCGUCAGGGCGGUCUGGAGGGGAUCAACGAGGGGUUGGACCUGCUCAGGCAGAACAAGGUAUCGGGGAAGAAGCUGGUGUAUAAGGUAGAGCAAUGA